CCGCGGGUCCCGCCGCCGCCGCCCUGAGGAGGCCGUCGCGCGCUCGGGAUUGGGCAGCGCGGGCCGGGCGGGGAGGGCGCGCCGACACCAGCACCCCCCGCGCGAGGGCGGGAACUACAGCUCCCGGCGGCCCCCGCGCGCCGCUCAUCCGCGGGCGGGGCUGCCGGCACCCGUCACUCCGAACGGUUUCACCUCACCCGGAAGCGUACCUCUUACUUCCGGCGGCGGCCGUUGGUGCUAAAACUCAAGCGUCAUCAUGAUCCUGCGUCAGAUUCUGCGACUUUCUUCCACUUUUAGCUCUGCUGUUUCCAUUCACUUGCGCAGAAACAUAGGGCUUUCUGCUAUUGUCUUUAAUAAGGCAAAAGAGCUCGAUCCGGUUCAGAAGCUCUUCUUGGACAAGAUCAGAGAAUACAACACAAAGAGCAAGCAAGCUGGAGGGCCUGUUGAUGCAGGCCCUGACUUUCAGAAAGAGAUGAAUGAAUCCCUUGCUAGACUUCAACGGCAGUAUGGUGAGGGAGAUCUAACCAAGUUUCCAGAAUUUAAAUUUGAAGAGCCAAACUUCGAGGAGACUCCAAAGUGAUCUCUGCAGGUUGUACACCUGACAACAGUGUACAUCAAUGGAGUUGCUGAACAUGGCACCAGUUGUAAUUUAAUAAAUGCAGAGUUUCAGUUUGA